AUGGCUCUCACACAACCAGCCAAUCCCGAGUUCCCUUGCUCACUCACAAUCUCCCUCCCUCUUCCGACCAAUCGCCUUGCAUCGUGCGCUCUACGCGCCUUGGAAGUUGAUGCCGAACUAUCCCCUCUUGUGCGACGGACUUUGACCCUCGUGGCUCCGGCGGUCGAAGCCCCAUCCGAGCCGCAAGAAAAAAGGCAAAAGCAAGACCCCGACGAGUCUAAAACCGUGUUGAAGAUAACAUACACCGCGACGACCAACCGGAUGCUGCGCGUUUCUGUCAAUGGAUUUAUGGAGAGUCUGGGUGUCGUACUUGGGGUUAUGGCAGAAUUGGAUGUUGAUGUGCUCAAGGCUGAGAUGGAGGGCUGA